AUGCCUAAUACAAACUACCCGAACUCUCCAAAUAUGAGAGGCGCCGCAUCUCCUCGUUCCCAAUCUAGACAGGCCUCCAUAGUGGAGCUGCUCUCGUUGCCACCCCCUUUAGAAUCCCAAGAUCAGGUCUCAAUCAGCUCUCUAUCCUCUGAGUCUGUUGGAAUGACCUUUGCUCAAGCUGCUGCUUUGGGCAACUCUUUGAACACUUCUAGUCGUCGUCCUUCUGGUCGUGGACCUUCGACAGCUACGGGUUCUGGCUCCAUUUCUAAUACUCUCCCUUUGGCUCCGUCAUCAUCCACCUCUUCAUUUGGCCAACUACCCUCCCCACAGUUACAAUCACAGCUGCAACCGCAAUCUCAACAGCCACCAUCAUUACAACCGCCUUUACAGCAAUCACAACAACCGCAGCUCUAUAAUACUAUUGGUCUUUGUAGAGACCCGUCUGUCUCUUCGUCUAUUUUGGCUGGUACUUCUGUGGACUGGCAGGAUGUUCAGCUAGGCGAGUUAGUGGAACAGAAUCGGUUGAUUAUUAUUGAGGACAAUGUCUCUGUGGAAGAAGCAUUCAAGACACUCGUCAAGAACGGCUUGACAUCGGUACCAGUUGAGCAUUUUGCAGACGAUCCGAACUGUUUGACGUUUGACUACGCAGACUUGAAUGCAUAUUUAUUGUUGGUGUUGAAUAAGGUGAAGCCAGAGUCUCUCUACAGUAUGGACUACGAGCCAAAAGAUGAAAUUCCUACCCUGACUCGUAAAGCCCAACGUGGUGAACAGGUUCCUGUCUCCUUUGUUAUUCGCAUGACAAGUAAGAAUCCAUUCAUCAGGCUUUCCGAGUUUGACACUCUAUCUACUGUGGUUGAAAUAUUAGGAACAGGCGUUCAUCGUGUUGCCAUUACAGAUGGUAACAAGAUGACUGGUGUUCUUUCUCAAAGAAGACUGAUUAAGUUCUUAUGGGACAAUGCCCGCAGGUUCCCAUCUAUGGAACCUCUUUUCACUUCAUCUCUUUCUAGCUUGAACAUUGGAUCGUCAAACCCUGUCUCCAUCUUUGGUGACCAACUGCUUAUUGAGGGCUUUAUGAAGAUGCAUGCUUUAAAGAUCUCGUCUUUGGCUGUGGUGGACAGAAACUACCGUUUACUUGGAAAUAUUUCAGUGACAGACGUCCGCCUGGUGUCGAAUUCAUCUCGCUCGGAUCUAUUAUACAAGACAUGCCUUCAUUUCAUAUCAGUUAUUCUUAACUCAAGAGGCUUAGAAAAUGGUAAAGACUCUUUCCCCAUUUUUCAUGUUACCACCUCAUCUUCUUUGGCUAGAACUAUAGCCAAGCUUGUUGCAACCCAGUCGCAUAGACUAUGGAUUGUGAAGCCGGAUAAUCCUUCUCCACCAGCACAGCUGGGCCAAAGUACGGCGCCUAUUAGUCCUGCUCCUACGGGUUCUUCUGCCUACGAAAGACAGAGCUCGGUGUCCGGAGGGGGUUCUGUCUCUAUGCAUGCUAGCACUUCCAACUUGAGUUCUGAGAUGGCUGCUGCUACUGCAGCAGCUGUUACACAGGAGAAGGAGAUUUCAAAUGGUAAGUUGGUUGGUGUGGUUUCGCUUACUGAUAUAUUGUCUAUAUUGGCGAAGACAUUGGGCAAGGACCAUGUUGACCCAAAUAUUGCACGACAACAGAGAAGAAGAUCCAGCAGUAGUGCAAGCAGCAGAACAUCUGGAUCAUUGGAACAGUUUAGGAAAAGCAUUUCGGAGUCGAGCACACGCUGA